AUGAAGCAAAAAGAUUUGCAACGGCAACAACAAGAAGCGAAUUUAAUAAUCACUGAUGGCAGUUCCCGAUUACAACUGGCAAUUAAAAAAAAAGAUUGUCUCGAUGUUGAUAGAGCUACAAUUUUAAUUGAUGGUGGCAACAAUCGAAGUAAAGUUAUUGGUAAUGAACUAUUGAAAGUUACAGAGGACUUAAUUAAUAUUCAAAAGAAAAGAAAAGAUGCAUUUGCUAAACAACAACAACAAAAGAAACCGAGAAUUACAAUUGAUUUAGCUAACCAUGAGUCUUAA